ACAGAGGAAGAAGAGGCCUGCCCUUUUGCUAAGCAUUAUGCCUGCAGCUGCUACCCCAACUGAUUUCAGUAAAAAACCCAAGCUCCACAGCAUCCACAAGGCAGUAAGAACCGGGAACGUCCAACAUCUGGAGGAGCUGGUAAAUUCGGGAGCCAACAUCAACGAUGUGGAUCCCCUCCACGGGUUCACACCCUUGCACUGGGCUGCGCAUUCGGGAAGUCUGGAGUGUCUUCAUUGGCUGCUCUGGCACGGAGCCGACAGGACAGAUGUGACGACGAGGGGCUGGAAUGCUGCUCACCUCGCUGCGAUCCGAGGACAGGAUGCAUGCAUGCAGGCACUGCUUCUCGAUAACGUCGUCGACCUAGGAGCCCAGGAUGACCGAGGGUGUACUCCGGCACAUCUAGCAGCGACUCACGGCCACUCGUACACCUUGCAAACCAUCCUCCGAAGUGGAGCGGAUGUGAACAUUUCUGAUAAUAAUAACUGGAAGCCCACGCACAACGCUGCCUUCCACGGCCGCCUCGGCUGCCUGCAACUUCUGGUUCGCUGGGGAGCCACCCUAGAUGACGCCGAUAAUAAUGGAAAUCUUCCAGUUCACCUGGCGGCAAUGGAAGGGCACCUGCCCUGCUUUAAGUUCCUGGUGAACAAAAUGCCCACCUUGGCCCACUCCUUGAAAGCCCGGAAUGACCACGGGGAGACCCCCAGUGACCUGGCUGAGCGGUUCUACAAAUCAGACAUUGUAGACUACAUCGAUGGACUGCGUAAAGGGAGGGGUCAACCAAUGAAGCAAGAAAAUGUAACAUUUCCAGGACAUGAGGCUGCCUUUAGAGGAGAUCUAGAGACCAUAAGAUUAUUACUGGAAGACCGAGUCAUCAAUAUUAAUGAACGGGACAACAAGGGAUCCACUCUCUUACACAAAGCUGCCGGGCAAGGUCAUUUGAGUCUGAUAGAGUGGCUGAUUGAUAGAGAAGCGGAUUGUAACAUCACCAAUGAUGCGGGAGAGACACCAAAAGCCGUUGCAAAGAGGUUUGCCCAGUUGGCGGUUGUGGAGUUUUUGCGAGACAAAAUGGGGAACGACUCUGUGAAGAAAUCGGCGAUCAAGAAUAAUGGUUCUUUCAAAGGCACUCCGAUGGAAGAGAACACCGACUGGAAAGGCGAAUUGGUCCUGGAUGUGGAGGAGAAAGUGGGGGCUCGGGAAAGGGCCUACCAGAAGAUCGUGGAGCUGAAAAAGCUUCUAGAAAUCGCCACCAGCAAUUUCAAGCAGCUUGGAGGCAUAACUCCUGAAGACACAGAGAAGGUGAAAGUGGAGAAAGAGCUGGAAAAGAAUGUCGGCGAGUUGCAGAAUCAACUGGAGUACGAACGGAUCCAGCGGGAGAAGCUGGAAGCGCAGCUGGACGAGAACCGGGAAGAGAUAAGGCAGCUCAAACAGCAGCAGGCCAAAGAAGAUCCCGGCCCCCAGGAAGAUCCCCCCAGCUCAGCCUCGGCAGCGGUCACUCUGUGGCCGAAGCGGUGACUUCCGAUCGGAGCAGGCAGAGAAAGAAAAAGAAAGAGAAAAAGAGAAAACCCCUCUACAGUCCUGGGGGGAUUUUUGUGAGAAGAUUCUAAGGGCGAGUGAGCGGGAAACAAUGGACUUCCAGCUGCCUUGUUGAUUUCAAGAGCUUCAGAUGAAAAAUGAGAUUUCCAGUGUGGAAAACAGACUGGCGUGCCUUCUCCAAGCUCUGUGAACUUUGCGACACCCAGAAUUUCCACCGCCCAAAGUCCAAACACCCAAGAUACACUCCUUAGCUAUCUAUCUUGCGGAACGACACCUUUUGAUGGAACCUUAAAGGAACGCAGGACCAGACCAGGUGGCACCACAGCAAGCAAAAGAACUACUGGUAAGUACUACCAGUUAGACACAGCAGACCGUCAUUAAAGACUUGAUAUUUUAAUUGUUCCCCAAAGUUUGCACCCACCAUCUCCAGCGGCUUGCAAACUUUAUGAAUAAAAAAAGAAUU